UACAUAUAUGGGAAGAUGUCUUGGUGAAGGUUUAUGGGAAAGGGACUCUACAUAUGGAGAAAAGGGUGUCCACACACAUAUGGGAAAAUUAAGUGUAAAAGGGAGUUAAGAUUGAUUUGGCCUAGUUCCUCCCCUUGCCCAGUACAGUCCUAAAUGAGCCUCCCACUGCCUGAGGCCGGAUGUGUCAGCAUCUAACCCUCAGGGCUCCCCCUCCUCCCCGUGGUUAAGUCUCAGAGGCCAAAUUUGGUAACAGACACUAAGUGUAACUCCCCCAGUCCUAUCUACACUUUCUGACUUAGGCUUCCUCUAUCUCUGCCUUUCACAUAUAUACAUGAUCUCUCUCUUUCCCUCAUUUUCUCUAUGUUUGUCUCCCCCUCUCUUACCCUCUUUCUCUCCCUGUCUCCCUCUCUGCACUGCUUGUACGUUGUGUACCCCCACUCUCCCCCACCUCUCCUCAAGCACACACACAUUCCAUUCCUUGCUGGGUUGUGACACCUCCCUUCCCACCCCCCCAUUGCCCAACUCCUCUGGAAUGUGGCUCUGGAAUGUCUUGAGGGAGGGGGAUUCCCUAGAGGGGGGGAGGAGAGAGAAGGAGGUAGUGCUAAAUGGGGAAGGAUGAUGGGAAGUAGCUCUCUGGGCAUAGCAGUCUCUAAGGAACUCUCCAGGCCUUCCCUUCUCAGGGUUGCAUUCCCUUUCCCUCCUUCCAUCAUAGGAUCAUAGAUGAAGAGCUGAAAGGGACCCUAGAGGCUCUCUAGACUAACCACCUCAUUUUGUACAUGAGGACACACAGAUAAUAGUCAAAGAUGGGAUUGAAAAUGAAGCCUCCUGACUCUAGUCAGUGCUCUUUCCACCACUUUCUUUUAUCAUACUCAGUAGAGAAAGAGAAGAGAGGGAAGCAUGACUCAGUUCUCCUAUCGGGGUCUCACCAGAGGUUUCAGUGGUUUCCUACCCAAAUGAUGGGGAGUCUUUGUGUCCGGAGGAAAUUGGGGUAUGAGAGGUCACAUUUUCAGACCAGGAUGAGGAGUUCUUCCCAGAACUGCUCUGAAUUUUGCCAGCUGCCUGCCUCUCUGAAUUGCUCCAGUGUGGUCACUAUCCCCACCGUCAGGUGUAGCCAGAAAGAAGAGAAGCCGCCAACAUGGUUGCACUGUCACUGAAAAUCAGCAUUGGGAAUGUCGUGAAGACAAUGCAGUUUGAGCCAUCCACCAUGGUUUAUGAUGCUUGCCGAAUCAUCAGAGAGCGUAUCCCAGAAGCCCUAGCUGGUCCUCCCAAUGACUUUGGGCUAUUUCUGUCGGAUGAUGACCCCAAAAAGGGUAUCUGGCUGGAAGCUGGAAAGGCCCUGGAUUACUAUAUGCUUCGAAAUGGAGACACCAUGGAGUAUAGAAAGAAGCAGCGGCCCCUAAAAAUCAGAAUGCUGGAUGGAGCCGUGAAGACUAUCAUGGUAGACGACUCUAAAACCGUCACCGACAUGCUCAUGACUAUCUGUGCCCGCAUAGGUAUCACCAACCAUGAGGAGUAUUCCCUGGUUCGGGAGCUCCUGGAAGAGAAGAAAGAGGAGGUGACAGGGACACUGCGAAAGGAUAAGACACUGUUGCGAGAUGAAAAGAAAAUGGAGAAGCUGAAGCAGAAACUACACACAGAUGAUGAGCUGAACUGGCUGGACCAUGGAAGAACACUGAGGGAACAAGGUGUAGAAGAGCAUGAAACAUUGCUUCUUCGAAGAAAGUUUUUCUACUCAGACCAAAAUGUGGACUCCCGGGAUCCCGUACAGCUGAAUCUUCUCUAUGUACAAGCACGAGAUGACAUCCUGAAUGGCUCCCACCCUGUCUCCUUUGACAAGGCCUGUGAGUUUGCUGGCUUCCAGUGCCAAAUUCAAUUUGGACCUCACAAUGAGCAGAAGCAUAAGCCUGGCUUCCUUGACCUGAAAGAUUUCUUACCCAAGGAAUAUGUGAAGCAGAAAGGGGAACGCAAGAUUUUUCAGGCCCAUAAGAAUUGCGGGCAGAUGAGUGAGAUUGAAGCGAAGGUGCGUUAUGUGAAGCUUGCCCGCUCCCUCAAGACUUACGGUGUUUCCUUCUUCCUGGUCAAGGAGAAAAUGAAGGGUAAGAAUAAGCUGGUUCCUCGGCUACUGGGUAUCACCAAAGAAUGUGUGAUGCGAGUGGAUGAGAAGACCAAGGAAGUGAUCCAGGAGUGGAAUCUUACCAAUAUCAAGCGCUGGGCUGCCUCUCCAAAGAGCUUCACCCUGGACUUUGGAGAUUACCAGGAUGGCUACUACUCAGUGCAAACAACAGAAGGAGAGCAGAUUGCCCAACUCAUUGCUGGCUAUAUUGACAUUAUCCUUAAAAAGAAAAAGAGCAAGGAUCACUUUGGCCUAGAAGGAGAUGAAGAAUCUACCAUGCUGGAGGACUCAGUGUCUCCCAAGAAGUCCACAGUCCUACAACAGCAAUAUAACCGAAUAGGAAGGGUAGAACAUGGCUCUGUGGCCCUACCUGCUAUCAUGCGCUCUGGAGCUUCUGGCCCUGAGAACUUCCAGAUGGGCAGCAUGCCACCUGCUCAGCAGCAGAUCACCAGUGGUCAAAUGCACCGUGGGCACAUGCCUCCCUUGACCUCAGCCCAACAGGCACUUACUGGUACCAUCAACUCCAGCAUGCAGGCUGUUCAGGCGGCCCAGGCUACCUUGGAUGACUUUGAGACUCUGCCCCCACUUGGCCAGGAUGCUGCAUCCAAGGCCUGGCGUAAGAACAAGAUGGAUGAGUCGAAACAUGAGAUUCAUUCUCAAGUGGAUGCCAUCACUGCUGGCACUGCCUCUGUAGUGAACUUGACUGCAGGAGAUCCUGCAGAAACGGACUACACAGCCGUGGGCUGUGCAGUGACCACAAUCUCCUCCAACUUGACUGAGAUGUCCCGUGGCGUGAAGAUGCUUGCUGCUCUGCUAGAAGAUGAGGGUGGAAGUGGGCGGCCCCUGUUGCAGGCAGCCAAAGGCCUGGCAGGGGCUGUAUCAGAAUUGCUUCGAAGUGCCCAGCCAGCUAGUGCUGAGCCCCGUCAGAACCUGCUGCAGGCUGCUGGGAAUGUGGGACAGGCCAGUGGAGAGCUUCUGCAGCAAAUUGGGGAGAGUGACACUGACCCUCACUUCCAGAUGUUUGCGCCCAGAGGGUCUGGGGUUCGAUUCCCCUCUGACCCCCCCACGGACAUGUUGAUGCACCUGGCCAAAGCGGUGGCCAGUGCUGCAGCUGCACUGGUUCUCAAGGCCAAGAGUGUUGCCCAACGGACAGAGGACUCAGGGCUGCAGACACAGGUUAUUGCUGCAGCUACACAGUGUGCUCUCUCCACAUCCCAGCUUGUGGCCUGUACCAAGGUGGUGGCACCCACAAUUAGUUCACCCGUGUGCCAGGAGCAGUUAGUGGAGGCUGGAAGGUUGGUGGCUAAAGCUGUGGAGGGCUGUGUGGCAGCAUCCCAAGCUGCCACAGAAGAUGGGUCGCUGCUUCGAGGCGUGGGAGCAGCAGCUACUGCCGUAACCCAAGCCUUGAAUGAGUUGCUACAGCAUGUAAGGGCCCAUGCCACAGGAGGGCGCCCUGCUGGACGCUAUGACCAAGCCACAGACACCAUCCUCACUGUCACUGAGAACAUCUUUAGCUCCAUGGGCGAUGCUGGAGAAAUGGUUCGACAAGCCCGAAUUCUGGCCCAAGCAACUUCUGACCUGGUCAAUGCCAUCAAAGCUGAUGCUGAGGGAGAGAGUGACCUGGAAAACUCAAGAAAACUGCUCAGUGCAGCCAAAAUCCUGGCUGAUGCCACAGCAAAGAUGGUGGAAGCUGCCAAGGGGGCAGCUGCCCACCCUGACAGUGAAGAACAGCAACAGCGGCUGCGAGAGGCAGCAGAAGGCCUGCGUAUGGCAACCAAUGCAGCUGCCCAGAAUGCCAUUAAAAAGAAGCUAGUACAGCGACUGGAGCAUGCAGCCAAACAGGCUGCAGCCUCAGCUACCCAGACCAUUGCCGCAGCUCAGCAUGCAGCCUCUGCCCCCAAGGCCCCUGCAGGCCCCCAGCCUCUGCUUGUGCAGAGCUGCAAGGCUGUGGCCGAGCAGAUCCCACUGCUGGUGCAGGGCGUCCGAGGAAGCCAAGCCCAGCCUGACAGCCCCAGUGCCCAACUUGCCCUCAUUGCUGCCAGCCAGAGCUUCCUACAGCCUGGAGGAAAGAUGGUAGCAGCAGCAAAGGCUUCAGUCCCCACAAUUCAGGACCAGGCAUCAGCCAUGCAGCUGAGUCAGUGUGCCAAGACCCUUGGCACUGCCCUAGCUGAGCUCCGUACCGCUGCCCAGAAGGCUCAGGAGGCAUGUGGUCCCCUGGAAAUGGACUCUGCAUUGAGCCUGGUACAGAGCCUGGAGCGUGACCUGCAAGAAGUAAAGGCAGCAGCUAGAGAUGGCAAACUCAAACCCCUACCUGGAGAGACGAUGGAGAAAUGUGCACAGGACCUAGGGAACAGUACCAAGGCUGUGAGCUCCUCUAUUGCCCAACUCCUGGGGGAGGUAGCCCAGGGCAAUGAGAACUAUGCAGGUAUAGCAGCUCGAGAUGUGGCAGGAGGACUACGGGCACUGGCCCAAGCAGCAAGAGGUGUGGCAGCCUUGACAUCAGAACCCGCAGUACAGGCAGCAGUGCUUGACACAGCCAGUGAUGUCCUGGACAAGGCCAGCAGUCUUAUUGAUGAGGCCAAGAAGGCAGCGAGUCGGCCUAGGGACCCUGAGAGCCAGCAGCGUUUGGCCCAGGUGGCAAAAGCAGUGACCCAGGCUCUUAACCGUUGUGUCAGCUGCUUACCAGGCCAGCGUGAUGUGGACAAUGCCCUGAGAGCCGUUGGAGAUGCCAGCAAGCGCCUGCUGAGUGACUCACUUCCCCCAAGCACUGGGACAUUUCAAGAGGCUCAGAGCCGACUGAAUGAAGCAGCUGCUGGACUGAACCAAGCAGCCACAGAGUUGGUACAGGCCUCCAGAGGGACCCCCCAGGAUCUGGCUCGAGCCUCUGGCCGCUUUGGACAAGACUUCAGCACCUUCUUGGAGGCAGGCGUGGAAAUGGCUGGACAAGCUCCGAGCCAAGAGGACCAGGCCCAAGUGGUAUCCAACCUGAAGGGCAUUUCCAUGUCAUCAAGCAAACUACUAUUGGCAGCUAAGGCCUUAUCCACAGACCCUGCUGCCCCUAACCUUAAGAGCCAGCUGGCUGCAGCUGCCCGGGCUGUCACAGAUAGCAUCAACCAGCUCAUCACCAUGUGUACCCAGCAGGCACCAGGCCAGAAAGAGUGUGACAAUGCCCUUCGGGAGCUGGAGACUGUACGAGAGCUCCUGGAAAACCCAGCCCAGCCCAUUAAUGACAUGUCCUACUUUGGCUGCCUAGACAGCGUCAUGGAGAACUCUAAGGUCUUGGGUGAGGCCAUGACUGGAAUUUCUCAAAAUGCAAAGAACAGCAACCUACCUGAGUUUGGAGAGGCCAUCCGCACAGCCUCCAAAGCUCUCUGUGGCUUCACAGAGGCAGCUGCUCAGGCUGCAUACCUGGUUGGCAUCUCAGACCCCAAUAGCCAGGCGGGACAGCAGGGGCUGGUGGAGCCCACCCAGUUUGCCAGAGCCAACCAGGCAAUUCAGAUGGCCUGUCAGAGUUUAGGGGAGCCAGGAUGCACUCAGGCCCAGGUGCUCUCCGCAGCCACCAUAGUGGCUAAACACACCUCUGCACUGUGUAACAGCUGCCGUCUGGCCUCAGCCCGCACAGCCAACCCUACAGCCAAGCGCCAAUUUGUCCAAUCAGCCAAGGAGGUGGCCAACAGCACUGCCAACCUUGUCAAGACCAUCAAGGCACUGGAUGGGGCUUUCACUGAGGAGAAUCGGGCCCAGUGCCGAGCAGCCACAGCCCCCCUGCUGGAGGCUGUGGACAACCUGAGUGCCUUUGCAGCCAACCCUGAGUUCUCUAGCAUUCCUGCCCAAAUCAGCCCUGAGGGUCGAGCUGCCAUGGAGCCCAUAGUGGUCUCAGCUAAAACGAUGUUAGAGAGUGCUGGGGGACUGAUCCAGACAGCCAGGGCUCUAGCAGUCAAUCCUCGAGACCCCCCUCGCUGGUCAGUACUGGCUGGACACUCUCGUACGGUCUCUGAUUCCAUCAAGAAACUCAUCACCAGUAUGAGGGAUAAGGCUCCAGGCCAGCGGGAGUGUGAGGCAGCCAUUGCAGCCUUGAAUAGCUGUCUUCGUGAUCUGGACCAGGCCUCCCUUGCUGCUGUCAGCCAGCAACUUGCGCCUCGAGAGGGCAUCUCGCAAGAGGCCUUGCACACUCAGAUGCUGACUGCAGUACAAGAGAUCUCCCACCUCAUUGAGCCGCUGGCCAGUGCUGCCCGAGCUGAGGCCUCCCAGCUGGGGCACAAGGUGUCCCAGAUGGCCCAGUACUUCGAGCCACUCACCCUGGCUGCUGUAGGUGCUGCCUCCAAGACUCUAAGCCACCCCCAGCAGAUGGCACUGUUAGACCAGACCAAGACCCUGGCAGAGUCUGCCCUCCAGCUGCUCUACACUGCCAAAGAGGCAGGGGGCAACCCCAAGCAAGCAGCCCAUACUCAGGAGGCUCUAGAAGAGGCUGUGCAAAUGGUAACAGAAGCCGUGGAAGACCUGACAGCCACCCUCAAUGAGGCAGCCAGUGCCGCCGGUGUGGUGGGGGGCAUGGUGGAUUCCAUCACUCAGGCAAUCAACCAGCUGGAUGAAGGACCAAUGGGAGAGCCAGAUGGUUCCUUUGUGGAUUACCAGACGACCAUGGUACGAACAGCCAAAGCCAUUGCGGUCAACGUACAGGAGAUGGUGACCAAGUCAAGUACCAGCCCAGAGGAACUGGGCCCUCUGGCCAACCAGUUGACCAGUGAUUAUGGCCGCCUUGCCCUUCAAGCCAAGCCUGCAGCCAUGGCUGCUGAAAACGAGGAGAUUGGUGCCCAUAUCAAGCACCGUGUGCAGGAGCUGGGCCAUGGCUGUGCAGCCCUGGUCACAAAGGCAGGAGCCCUGCAGUGUAGCCCCAGUGAUGCCUAUACCAGGAAAGAACUGAUGGAGUGUGCCCGACGUGUGUCUGAGAAGGUCUCCCACGUUCUGGCCGCACUCCAAGCUGGAAACCGUGGCACCCAGGCCUGCAUCACAGCAGCCAGUGCGGUGUCUGGCAUUAUUGCCGACCUCGAUACCACCAUCAUGUUUGCCACAGCAGGGACACUCAACCGUGAGGGUGCUGAGACAUUUGCUGAUCAUCGGGAGGGCAUCCUCAAGACUGCAAAGGCAUUGGUGGAGGAUACGAAGGUCCUGGUACAGAAUGCAGCUGCAAGCCAAGAGAAACUGGCCCAGGCUGCCCAGUCUUCUGUGGGCACCAUUACCCGCCUAGCUGAUGUGGUUAAGCUAGGUGCAGCCAGCCUGGGUGCUGAGGACCCUGAGACCCAGGUGGUGCUGAUCAAUGCAGUUAAGGAUGUGGCCAAGGCUCUGGGGGACCUCAUCAGCGCCACCAAGGCUGCAGCAGGCAAAGUGGGUGAUGAUCCCGCUGUGUGGCAGCUCAAGAACUCUGCCAAGGUGAUGGUGACCAAUGUGACAUCAUUGCUCAAGACUGUAAAAGCUGUAGAGGACGAGGCCACAAAGGGCACCCGGGCUCUGGAGGCUACCACAGAGCACAUCCGGCAGGAGCUGGCGGUUUUCUGUUCCCCAGAACCCCCUGCCAAGACCUCUACCCCAGAGGAUUUCAUACGAAUGACCAAAGGUAUAACCAUGGCCACUGCCAAAGCUGUUGCUGCCGGCAACUCCUGUCGCCAGGAGGAUGUCAUUGCUACAGCCAACCUGAGUCGCCGUGCCAUAGCCGACAUGCUGCGGGCCUGCAAGGAGGCUGCCUAUCACCCUGAGGUGGCCCCUGAAGUUCGACUCCGGGCUUUGCACUAUGGCCGGGAGUGUGCCAAUGGCUACCUUGAACUGCUGGACCACGUGCUACUGACCCUGCAGAAACCGAGCCCAGAACUGAAACAGCAGUUAACAGGACAUUCCAAGCGUGUGGCUGGAUCUGUCACCGAGCUCAUCCAAGCUGCUGAGGCCAUGAAGGGAACGGAAUGGGUAGAUCCUGAGGACCCCACGGUCAUUGCUGAAAACGAACUACUGGGAGCUGCAGCAGCCAUUGAGGCAGCAGCCAAGAAGCUGGAACAGCUCAAGCCCAGGGCCAAGCCCAAGGAAGCAGAUGAAUCACUGAACUUUGAGGAGCAGAUCCUAGAAGCAGCUAAAUCCAUCGCGGCAGCAACCAGCGCCCUGGUGAAGGCCGCAUCUGCUGCCCAGAGGGAGUUGGUGGCUCAAGGGAAGGUGGGUGCCAUCCCAGCCAAUGCAUUGGAUGAUGGGCAGUGGUCUCAGGGCCUCAUUUCUGCUGCCCGGAUGGUGGCUGCUGCCACCAACAAUCUGUGUGAGGCAGCCAAUGCAGCUGUGCAGGGCCAUGCCAGUCAGGAGAAGCUCAUCUCAUCUGCCAAACAAGUGGCAGCCUCCACGGCUCAGCUACUCGUCGCCUGCAAAGUCAAGGCAGAUCAGGAUUCAGAGGCCAUGAAGCGGCUACAGGCGGCUGGCAAUGCUGUGAAGCGAGCCUCAGACAACCUGGUGAAGGCCGCACAGAAAGCCGCAGCCUUUGAGGACCAAGAGAAUGAGACGGUUGUGGUGAAGGAAAGGAUGGUGGGCGGCAUUGCCCAGAUAAUUGCAGCCCAAGAGGAGAUGCUUCGAAAAGAGCGAGAGCUGGAAGAGGCUCGGAAGAAGCUGGCGCAGAUCCGGCAGCAGCAGUACAAGUUCCUGCCUUCAGAGCUUCGGGAUGAGGGCCAGCACUGAGGACCAGAACUCUGUUUUAACACAGACUGGGCCAGAGACUGUGCCCACCCACCCGUGGCCCAAAGCCUCUUGUGCUCCCAAAGUGCCUGCCACCCCCAGGGCUGGGCUCUGCCCAGCACCACUGCACGUCCCCUUUCCCCUUCCCUGUCCAAGUGCCUUCAUGCCUAGGGUUCAGCCUUCAGCCCAGCCCUGGGAUACCCCAAGUGCCUACCCCUCCUCAGAGUAUUAACGCUCGCUCCAAGAGUAUUAACGCUGCUGCACCUGCCCGCACCGCCAGGGGCUGCACCAGCCCCACCCGCAGUGGCUCUCAGCCGACCCCCACUAGCCUUGGCUCCAUCACCUUUUUUGAUAUUGUCCCCUCUACCCUAGCCAUGUGUGGGGAUGCGGGGGUCACCACCCCCAUCACCUGCUCAAGAACAGGCCACCCCCCAAUAAAGGUGGUUCUGCCGCCAA